AUGGAGAAUAUUUUACUUUAUGUUGUUUUACUGUCGAAUUUUAUACAUGAUGCAAUUGGUGGGGAGAAUUGUGAAGCGACGUCACAAAGUUCAACGAUUACCCAGUACUGUGAGGUUGGUGGGUGUUGUAUCCCCAAUAACAUGCAGAGGUUGACAAAAGACUCGGACCUGUGUUGCGUCAAUUUUCUUGUCGUCAUUCUCAUUGGUGUAUUUGUUGGUCUUCCUAUCUUUAUUCUCACCGGCAUCUGUCUCGUUAUCAUCAUUAAAACAUGUGUUAAAAAUCGCAAGCAGACAUCACUGACCGCACUCUCGGACACCGAGAACCAUCUACCACAAUUCCAACCGAAACCACCUGACUACUCACAGGCGGUAAGGACAUGUCCAGUGUAUUCUCCGUCCAGGGCCUGGCAACAACGGCCGUCACUGGUAAUACCUGGAGCUAUUAGUCACAGAAGAACGUCACAACACCUUCCUUCAGAAGCGUACAACACCGACCAGUCACACUUACCCACGUCCCCGCCCCCGCCAUAUGCCUCACGUGCUAGCGGGUGUGUUUCACCCAUAGAUUUGUCGGGAUCACAACUCUCCGUGUUGUCCGAACCAACACCGGAACCUCGUGGAUUCACUCUACUCACACCAACACCAGACCAGCGUCGGAAUGGAUCAUCGACCAUAGCAACGGCGGAUCCCGUGGUUACAGAUCUAGAGACAUCGGGAGAUAAUGACUUGGCGUUCAUUUAA